GAGAAGGAUAUUCAUGCACGCAUCUGUGCCUCCCGAAAAUGAAGUCUGCAACUGAUAUUUACGGUGGCGCCAUCAAUCUGACAACGACUGGCCAAAAACUAUUUAAUUCAUUUUCAUUUUUAAUUGAGAAGGAAAAAAACAAAAUAAAACAGGAAAGAUCCAAUAUGUGGGUAUAAAUACAGCGAAGCAAAGGAUCUAACAGUCCUCUUUGAGUAGGGCUUGGUCUCCAACACUCCGACCCUUUACAGUCAGGGUAGAGAGGACACAAGCAGUUCUUGGCUCCUAAUUAUAUCUUUCUCUCUGCUUCCAUCUAUCAUUAAUCUUUUCUGUGUGUGAUGGGGGAGAGAAUCACUCCUGGGAGUUACUUCCAGUAUCCUCCCUCUGGAGCCCAUCAAGCUUCUCCUCACAGGUCCUGUUCUCUUCCAUCAGAUCGUGACAGAUACUUGGCUGAAUUAUUGGCAGAGAGGCAAAAGUUGGUACCAUUUAUGCAAGUUCUACCACAUUGUAGCAGGCUUCUUAAUCAAGAAAUCAGACGAGCAUCAGGUUUCAGUCAAGGUUUUGUAGAUCAUGAAAGAUACGAACAUGAGAGUCCUUAUCGGUCAUUGGGUCAGCAGCGAAAUGGAAGAUCAAUGGAUUUUGAAGCAUGGUCUGGGAUGCAAACAGAGGAAAACGGGCAUCUUCAAAGAAUGGCCUCAUUUCAUGCUGCUUCAAUGGGCUGGCCUGGGGUCCCUGGAGUCCCAACCACACCUGUCAUAAAGAGAGUGGUCAGACUCGAUGUUCCUGUUGACAAAUAUCCAAAUUAUAAUUUUGUCGGACGAAUAUUAGGGCCUCGUGGAAAUUCCUUGAAAAGAGUUGAGGCCAUGACUGAAUGCAGGGUGUAUAUAAGAGGCAAGGGGUCUGUAAAGGAUUCUUUGAAGGAGGAGAAGCUAAAAGAUAAACCUGGUUAUGAACACCUCAAUGAGCCACUGCAUGUGUUGGUGGAGGCUGAAUUUCCGGAGGACAUAAUAAAUGCCCGCUUGGAUCAUGCUGUAACAAUAAUAGAAAGCCUCUUGAAGCCCAUGGAUGAAUCCUUGGAUCAGUAUAAAAAGCAGCAAUUAAGGGAGUUGGCUGUGCUUAAUGGUACAUUAAGGGAGGAAAGCCCAAGUAUGAGUCCAAGCAUGAGUCCUAGCAUGUCACCCUUUAACACCACAGGAAUGAAACGGGCCAAGACAGGAAGAUAACCCUACAUUAUGUUGAUGGAUGAUUAGUUAAAUGCUGGAUGACAGCAACUGACUGAUAGAAGCCCCUAAUAUCUUCUUUAUGCAUUCUGUUUCUGGCAACCUUGGGAGGACCCUUGGGAGCUGACUAUUCAGGAAGGGCUCACUGAACUUCUGAAUCUGGGGCUUAAUUGCUUGAAUAUUGGUGGGUUAUUUGCUUCACUAGACUUGUUCAACAUGGCAUCACAUUUAUCUGUAGUAUUUAUUCUUUGGUGUAUUAUUCCUUUGGACAAUUAGUCAUUUCAUUGGUUAAAUCAGCAUAUGUGGUGUAAUUUGUUAAUCUUUUCCAAGUCCUGUAACUUCUAAAUGUGUUAGAAGAUUCUUUGCAUCAUGUGAUAAACAUCUCUCUGUAAAUUCGAACUUUAGGCUCGAAUGCAGAAUUUGUGAUUGUGUUA